AUGCAACCAGCUCAAGACAACGCAUCAGGUGCGAGUACGCGGCGGGUUCCUGCUGACUCGGCGCGGAGCACUUCGGCAAGUCUGCCCUUCCCUCCCGCCCCACUGGCCCUCCGGCCCCCAAGCGCCCCUCCGACGGAGUCUCCCAGCAUUUUCACCGUGGCCGCUCCAACCCCGGGAGCGCCUUCUCCUCCCGCCACCCUGGCGCACCUUCUUCCCGCCCCGGCAAUGUACAGCCUGCUGGAGACUGAGCUCAAGAACCCCGUGGGGCCACCCACCCCGGCGGCGGGCACUGGAGGUCCCGCAGCCACGGGCGGCGCGGGCAAAAGUAGCGCGAACGCAGCCGGCGGUGCGAACGCGGGCGGCGGCAGCAACGGUGGUGGGAACGGCGGUGGCGGGGGCAGUGACCAGGACCGCGUGAAGCGCCCCAUGAACGCCUUCAUGGUGUGGUCCCGCGGGCAGCGGCGCAAGAUGGCCCUGGAGAACCCCAAGAUGCACAACUCCGAGAUCAGCAAGCGUUUGGGCGCCGACUGGAAACUCCUGACCGACGCCGAGAAGCGACCAUUCAUCGACGAAGCCAAGCGACUGCGCGCGGUACACAUGAAGGAGUACCCGGACUACAAGUACCGGCCACGCCGCAAGACCAAGACGCUGCUCAAGAAGGAUAAGUACUCGUUGCCCGGCGGCCUGCUGCCCCCCGGCGCUGCGGCCGCCGCUGCUGCAGCGGCCGCCGCGGCCGCCGCCAGCAGCCCGGUGGGCGUGGGCCAGCGCCUGGACACGUACACACACGUGAACGGCUGGGCCAACGGCGCGUACUCGCUGGUGCAGGAGCAGCUGGGCUACGCGCAGCCCCCGAGCAUGAGCAGCCCGCCGCCGCCGCCCGCGCUGCCCCAGAUGCACCGCUACGACAUGGCCGGCCUGCAGUACAGCCCCAUGAUGCCACCCGGCGCCCAGAGCUACAUGAACGCCGCGGCCGCGGCCGCCGCUGCCUCGGGCUACGGGGGCAUGGCGCCCUCAGCCGCCGCCGCCGCCGCCGCCGCCUACGGGCAGCAGCCCGCCACCGCCGCCGCCGCUGCCGCCGCCGCCGCCGCCAUGAGCCUGGGCCCCAUGGGCUCGGUGGUGAAGUCGGAACCCAGCUCGCCACCGCCCGCCAUCGCAUCGCACUCACAGCGCGCGUGUCUCGGCGACCUGCGCGACAUGAUCAGCAUGUACCUGCCACCCGGUGGGGACGCGGCCGACGCCGCCUCUCCGCUGCCGGGCGGCCGCCUGCACGGCGUGCACCAGCACUACCAGGGUGCCGGGACUGCCGUCAAUGGAACGGUGCCGCUGACCCACAUCUGA